CUAAUAGACAGCAUCCCUGACAGUUUAGCACUCACCCACUACUGCACCCAAUUAUCAGUCUCGGCUGUAGCUCAAUUUUGUGGAGUGAGGUUUGAGCCUACAAGCUCCUGACUGAUGUGACAGUACCAACGACUGACAUUAAAACCCUUUGGGACGGUAAGGCCUAAUCCAGAAUUAGAUCAGCACAUUCCAGCGAACCAAAACCAUUUUGAUCUCUAUGAUUCAACUCAUAUUAUGAACUCCGAGGCAGUCUUGGGGUGGGGAAAAAAAGUAUGGGGGAAAAAAUGAAGAGAGCGGCGGCAGCAAACGAAAAAUUGAAUUCGUCUGGCGUAAUGUGGAUCCCCAGGAGAAUUUUUGAUGGGCUGAAUUAGGCAUUUUCAUUUACCACCUGAUCGCGACUGUAUAAAACCUACAGCUGCUGACCUCACAGCCUGUAGGAUUCAUUCUCAUCCCUCAGCCAGCUUCAGGAAGGAGCCGAGCAGGAGAGCCGCGGAGAGCUGUCCACGGUGCUGAAACUGCAAUCCGGGACCGCUCCAGCGUAAGGAGACGCUGGGAGCUGUCCACGGUGCUGAAACUGCAAUAAGGAGACGCUAGGAGCUGUCCACAGUGCUGAAAUCAAACCCGCGGCUCUCCACCCCAGCAGAGGAGCUGUUGGGAGCUAUCCAGUUCUGAAACUACACCCCGGGACUCUUCUUUCUCUCUCUCUCCGCCCUCAAGCACACUGGGAUCCCUCAAUCGCCGGGAACUGUCCUCCUGAAAGUACGUCCUGCUCUCUGCCCCACACACAGAUCUGCAGAAGAAAAAAACAUGCCGCGCUCCUUCCUAGUUAAGAAAGUCAAGCUUGAUGAUUUCCCGUCUCCUACAACCAGCAUCCCAUCUCCGACCUCAGACUACGAAAACGCUUAUGGCAGACGUGCCACCAAUAACGUUGGAAGCCUAACUGCUCGGCUGCACGAGAAAGGGUACAUCGGUGACUACAUCACGCCUUCCGUUUACGAUGGAGAGCCCCAGAACGCGAUUAAAUUGUCUUCGCCCGACCCUAUCUAUGCAGCGGUUCAUGGUGAGUACGGAGUCCCUGACUCGGAGUCACCAGACAGCCCACACUCGGGGAUUACAAGCGGCUACAUCAACGGCGAUGCGGCGGUGAGCGAAGGCUACACGGUGGACGCCUUCUUCAUCACUGACGGCAGAUCGAGACGGAAGGCCAUUGCCGGGACCAGAAGCUCCAUCCAGCGUCACACAUGCAACGAGUGCGGCAAGACCUACGCCACCUCGUCCAACUUGAGCCGGCACAAGCAGACCCACCGGAGCCUGGAUAGUAAGAUGGCCAAGAAAUGCCCAACCUGUGCCAAGGUCUAUGUGUCCAUGCCGGCCAUGGCCAUGCAUCUCCUCACUCAUGACCUCAAGCACAAGUGUGAAAUCUGUGGCAAAGCCUUCAGCAGACCCUGGCUCCUCCAAGGUCACAUGCGGUCCCAUACCGGAGAGAAACCGUUCGGCUGCGCUCACUGUGGGAAAGCCUUUGCAGACCGCUCCAACCUCAGAGCCCACAUGCAAACUCACUCAGCUUUCAAACACUUCAAGUGCAAAAGGUGCAAUAAGACCUUUGCUUUGAAGUCCUAUCUGAACAAGCAUUAUGAAUCCGCCUGUUUUAAAGGCGCUCUCCCGGCACUGAACGCCCCCCCCAACCCUCCCCCCCCCCCCCACCCCCUCCUUGUCCUUCCUUCCUACCACCAUUACCCCAUCCCCAACACUUCCCCUCCUUGCAUCAAUAAUCCCUCAAGCAUCAAGGAACCCCACGGAAACACGAAUACAGGGGGAAAUGCUACGCGUUAUAGCACAUGGAAAAUAUUUUCUAUAAGAAAGAAGUGA